AUGAUACAUGCAAAAGUUGAGAUACCUUCAUUAAGAAUUAUCCAAGAGGUUGGUCUAGACGAUGCUGAACGGAUUCGUAGCAGGAUCGAGCAGUUGAUGCUCAUUGACGAGAAGAGAUUGGAUGCAGUCUGUCAUGGUCAACUCUAUCAAAAUAGAAUGAUUAAGGUGUUCAACAAGAAAGUCAAGCCUCGUCAAUUCACACCGGAACAAUUAGUGUUGAAGAAGAUAUUCUCUCACCAAGAUGAAGCCAAAGGGAAAUUUGUGCCAAAUUGGCAAGGUCCUUACAUAGUCCACCAAGUACUCUCAGAAGAUGCGAUAAUUCUUGCAGAAAUGGAUGGCACAAUAAGCACGAAACCGAUCAAUUCGGCCGCCAUCAAGAAGUACUACAUUUGA